AUGUCCCUAUUCGAUAAAACGAAUUACGUCAGCGAGUUGGUCCACUUCGUUCCGUGUGAACCGAUGAGAAUGGAUGGCGCGUCUGGUCUCUUUUCUGCAACCUCUUUGGAAAAGCUUGUUCUAAUCUCUAGCGAUCUGAAUCAAGACCAAAUCAUCAGCAACUACAAUCUACCGAAUGAUUCCAGUUAUUCAACAUUGAUUCUUGAUAAAGAUGUGCCAAAGGAGAACAUUUCGCACUAUUUGGAGCACAACUUGCCGCCAGCUGUGACCACAACUCUGCCAACGGGUAAGAGAAAUGAAGCUUUGAAAUUCUUUUGGACGAACUCUGACUUUGCAACCGAGAAGAUCGUCAUGCAGGCAGUGGCCAGUGCCCUCUACACGUCGACUGAUUAUAUUUUCACUGCAAACGCUUGGGUUUACGAAGAUCUCAAUACCGACUUGCCGUUGCCAGUUUCUUUUCUUGAUUUAGACCAAUUUUCUUUGUUGAUGGCAGGCUUCAAUUACAGUGGAGGCUCGGAUACUGUAGUCCAAGCCACCAAUGCCAUUGAUGACUGGGAUAUUCAAAGUGCUGUCGUUGUGGUAUUUACUAACAGCGAGCAAUCGUUAAUUAAUCAAGCUGGUUCAAUGUAUGGCCGAAAGGAUCGAACGGUUGCGUUCACCUCUUUCACAACAGUUGAUUUGACACCGAUUUCAAACUAUGUUGCCGAACUUAGCGCCAAAGCAAUCACCAACAAUGUGCUCAAAGUUUGCUCACAAUUGGGUGGAAUUUCAACGACAAUCAAAUCGACAAAAGGACCAACGACUCCCACAGAAACCGAAACGACUGCAUCAACUCCCACGCCAACGACCACUCCACCACCCAUCUGCAACGCUCUUUUUGUAAUGGAUAUGAGCAGCCUUGUAACAGAGCUAGGUUUUGCCGCGGAAGGCUACUCGGUGAUGAUCCCAGCGGAAGAUCUCUUCAACACCUCUUCGGGCUACAUUUUCUCGGCUAACGUUUAUCGAUAUUUUAAUAAUGGAGACCCUUCCCCACCAACGGAUUUCAUCUCAAAUUACAAAGAUUUCGAGAAGACCGUAACAAAUAUCGAUUACCAGAAAGGUGGACAAUCGAGGAUCUCGGAUGCUGUGAAUACGCUCAAUUCGUGGACGCCUGAUGAUACAACAGCUAUUGUCUUGUUCACAAACAGUGACCAAGACCUGAUUGACAAGGCUGCACUCGAUUAUAAGUGGACGAAUCACACAUUGGCUGUUGCCUUGGGAUCGCAAGACAUGCACAAUUUGGGCUUCGAAACGGUGCCUAAUGAUUGGGAUUUUCUCUCUGCGGGUCUGUCGACUGUGUGCGCUCGGCUAAACAAUAUCGCGAUUCCGUCGACCACUCCACCAACUACAACAGCUCCGACUACAACUUACAAAUCCACUCCGUCAACACCAACAACAACCGAACCACCUGGACCUCCAUGUCCAGUUUUAUUUGUUCUGGACGGAUCAGAUUUAGCAAAAACUCAGUUUGAUCUUGAAAAAACAGCCGUCAAAACGGCGGUCAAUUACAUGUUCGUCACGAAUGACUUCACUCUGGGCGGAAAUGUUUGGCAGUUUGGAAAGGAUACAAAGACAUCAACAAUCCCAAAUACAUUCCUCUUUGAUCAGCCAACCUUCAAUAAUUUGCUUGAUUCGGUUGCUGUGACUGGUGGACUUGACGGAGUUGUUGAAGCCACAGCCAGGCUAAAUGAAUGGAGAACCGAGUUGGCGGUGAUUGUCUUGAUGACAGCAAGUUUGCAACCAUCGGUCGAUGCAGCCGCAAAUAACUACACUCAACAAUGGAGAACAAUUGCCGUACCAAUAGAUAAUACUGUCAAUGUUGCUAAUCUGGGAACCGCUUCGUCUUUUGAUGCUGAAACUCUUUUCGAAACUUUACUCAAGAAAUGCCACUCGAUGCGUUCUUGGACAACAGCCGUUCCAACUGUAUCUAUUGCUACGCCAUCUACGAGCGUUUCGACAGCAACACCGAAGACGACUUCAUCAACACCGCAUUCAUCAACAAAUGUCCCGACUGAGGGCAGCUCUGUAGAGCCUAGCAAGACGACGGGUUCAGCUUCAGUCCCAACAACAACCAAGCCCACCACUUCACCGACUUCUGUACCAACAAAACCUACAACUAGCCAGAUAAAAAACACCGGAUCAACCACUAUAAAGAUUGAGCCCAGCACAACCACUGGAAUUCCGGUAACAGAGGGAAGUUCCUCGAAUCCAAUCACAGAGCCAACCAAACCAAGCACUUCUACCACUGGAUUACCUACGAGCUCAAGUUCAGCACCUACUUCCACGAGUCCACCAACAACCACCAGCAAUAUGAACCCAAUUUGUAAGGCAAUCUUUGUGCUCGAUGGUUCGGACAAAGCCGAUUUUCUUGAUCAAAAGAUUUCUGUCACUAGAGCCGCUUCACAGUUGUUUGGGGCAAUCGAUUUGAAUUUUCUGGGCGCCAUUUGGGAAUACGGAGACGCGACUCAAGAUCCACCGCUUGCAAAUAUCCAAUUCACAUCGAGCAACAAUACGUUUGAAGCUUAUUUAGAAACAAUUCAAAACUUUGUUGGUGGAAAGGAAUAUGUCAACGAGGCAGCAACAAAAUUGAAUGACUUGAAACUUGGCGAUGAGAACGUAUUGGUGUUCUUCACAAACAGUGAUCAAGUCACGAUUGAUCAAACAGUAGCCCUUUACAAACAAAAGAAGUUUACGGUCGGUGUUGGUAUCGAUGAACAAGACUUGACUGGAUUGGCUGCAAUUACAGCUGAAAUGAUUAGCAAGAACGAGAUUUCAAACGCGAUUCGUACCCUUUGCUUGAAGCAGUUGACUACGAAAAGUCCAACAACUACUGCUCCAACAAGCACUCCAACAACAACCACAACACUCUUGCAAUCCAGCACUAAUGGACAAAUCACUACCGUGAGCCAAACUGGCUCAACAUUGCCCUUCACCACUUCGCUGCCAAUCACUGCACCAACAAUGUCUACAACUGUUCCGUUAACUGCUGGAACAUCACCAACUAUUGGAUCAACAAUGGAACCCACGCCUCAACGAGCCACUUCACCAUCAACCGGCACUUCUCCAGAAUCCGUCAGCAGUACAGUCUCAGGGCCAGGUAGCACGAUGAGCUCAUCAAAAAUGCCUACGACAUCAAACAUUCCGACUGUGCCAAAUACUGGAUCAACAGUCACUUUUUCAACUCCAUCAACUGCUCCAACAACUUCGGGCAAUCCUAAAUCCACAGCUUCUACCCAACAACCAACCUCUGUCACAACAGAACCGGUUGCUUCUGGAUCGACUUCUGCUUUCAAUCCACCAACAACCACAGCUUUCAUUCCAACUUCUGCAGUCACAGGUCCAAGUGGGUCAACGACUACCGGUUCUACCGUAUCAGUGGCAUCAACAACGGAAGGCCCAACUCUAAGUACAAUGUCUGGAGGCUCUACAAGACCUGCUAGUUCAACCAUGCCAACAUUUGGUACAACUCCAACGGAGAAACCUCUGCCAACAAGCACAGUGCCGCCUGUCACCGAACCUAUCGGCGGCUCAAGCACUGGGUCUCCUCCAAGUGGGUCAACGACUACCGGUUCUACCGUAUCCGUGGUAUCAACAACUGAAGGCCCAACUUCAAGUUCAAUGCCUGGAGGCUCGACAGGGCCUGCUAGUUCAACCGCAACAUUUGGUACAACUCCAACGGAGAAACCUCUGCCAACAAGCACAGUGCCGCCUGUCACCGAACCUGUCGGCGGCUCAAGCACUGGGUCUCCUUCAAGCACCCCAAUGGCUUCAUCAAGCCAAGGACCUUCAGAGAGUCCAAUCACAACUCAAAGAGCCACUUCAAUCACCUCAACAAUGCCCCAAAGUACGAGUGGUGGUCAAACAGCAACAGUUACAACGGCCACUACAGUCACUUCUGAGCCAGUGACAACGCAUACAAGCGGAACAAAUCCAAGCCAGUCAACCAGUUAUGUGCCACCUGGAUCAAGUACAGCUGCAAAUACUGACUUUUCGACCAGUGUUGCUUCUUCUCAACCAGCUCCCACAAGUUCGCCAACACCAAAUCUCCCACUUUGUCAAGGUCUUUUUGUGAUUGAUGGAUCAAAUCAAGUGGCAAGCUUCACCGCGGAAAGAACUAGAAUUCGCUUGGCAUCAGUUCAAGCAUACUACAAAUUGGAUUACUUGUUCUAUGGAAAUGCGUGGGAGUACGGAAAUGGACCCAACGAUGCUCCAAUACCGACAACAUUUAUUGACUCGUAUAGUACAUUUGAUGACUUGCUCAGCAAUUUGGAUACAUAUAAUGGAGAUGAAAAUGUAACUGGAGCCGUGGAGAAAUUGAACGCUUGGACGGAAAGCAAUGCUAUCAUUCUCCUUUACACCGGAAGCACGCAAGCUGAUGUUGAUCAAGCUGCUAAAAUUUAUCUAAAGAUGGACUCAACUUUGGGAAUUUCAGUGGAUGGCAAAUCUGACUUGUCAAAUCUUACGGCAGUUACUGCUGGUGUGACCGAUUUACCUGCAAUCGUCACCGCCUUAAACUAUUUGUGUCAAUCAAAACUGGCAACGGUUACUGGUCCAAGCGGAUCAACCACGAUCGGUUCAUCCGCAGCAUCAACAACGGAAGGCCCAGCUCCAAGUACAAUGUCUGGAGGCUCUAUAGGGCCUGCUAGUUCAACCAUGCCAACAUUUGUUACAACUGCAACAGAGAAACCUCUGCCAACAAGCACAGUGCCGCCUGUCACCGAACCUAUCGGCGGCUCAAGCACUGGGUCUCCGUCAAGCACUCCAAUGGCUCCAUCAAGUCAAGAACCAUCAGAGAGUCCAAUCACAACUCAAACAGCUACUUCAAUCACUUCAACAAUGCCCCAAAGUACGAGUGGUGGUCAAACAGCGACAGCUCCAACGGCCACUACAGUCACUUCUCAGCCAGUGACAACGCAGACAAGCGGGACAAAUCCAAGCCAGGCAACCAGUUAUGUGCCACCUGGAUCAAGUACAGCUGCAAAUACUGAGCCUUCGACCAGCGCUGCUUCUUCCCAACCAGCUUCCACAAGUUUUUCAACAAAUGCUCCAUCUUCAACACCAUCAAAUGUUCCAAUUUGUUAUGGUCUCUUUGUCUUCGAUGGUUCGAAUCAAGUGGCCGGGGAUGAGAUGAUACCAACAACGUUUAUCGAAACAUAUGAUGAGAUUGGAGAUUUAAUUCUUGGCUUAGUUCCAUACAAUGGAAAUGAGAACGUCACGGGUGCCGUCAAACAAUUGAAUGCUUGGAGUGAAAAUGAAGCGAUUAUUAUACUCUAUAGUGCAAGUGAUCAAGUCGAUAUUGAUGCAGCUGCCAAAAAUUAUCGGAAGAAAACGUCUACGGUGGGACUCUCUUGGCAAGAUAAGACUGAUUUGUCAAAGCUUGCUGCUAUUACUGUCAGUCCAACAGAUUUUGAUGGAAUCAAAGUGGCUUUGAAUACGUUGUGCCAAGCAAAAUUGUCGACAACGACUGGAAGCACACCGGAAACGACGAGUUUGGGAUCAACGAGCGAGAACCCAGCAACAAUCUCUUCAGCAGCUUCAGGCUCAACAACUGGAUCAAUUCCUAUCACAAGCUCAACAAAUCUCCCAACUAUACCUACUGAAGCAACAACUGUAACAAACACAGUUGCAUCUUCAACUACAAAUUCUAAUAGUCAAGGAUCAACCGUUUCCACAACCAUUGGAACAGCUUCCCAUAGCCCAAGUAAUCGACCUACAACAACAUAUUUUGAGCAACCAAGCAGCCAACCGAGUUCAGAAUCUACACUUGGAUCCUCUUUACCAACACCGACAAGUACUCCAAGUAUAACCACGACAGGAGGCUCAAGUUCUGCACCAAUAACUGGCUCAACAACAGCUGCUGGAACUAGCCCUUCAAGCAAUCAACCAACUGGUUCUAUGACCCCAACAAGUACUCCAAGUGGCUCAACAAAUAGUCGAGUAACUGAAUCGUCAACCACUCCAGGAAGCGUUACUGAAACAAAUGCUCCGAGCUCAAACAGUCCAAUUCCAACACUUUCUUCACCCACAAGUGUACAAACUGUUACCAGCAGCACGGUUACAACAUCUGAAUCGGUUACAACAUCUGAAGCACCCACAACAGUCACCGUUCCGACAACGACAGCGACAGAAGUUGAGACAAGUAGUUCAGUCUCAUUGACAACCUCGACUACAACUCCGAUUCCAAUCGCAAAGACGCUCCUUGUAAUUGAUGGCUCAUCUCUAGCGGGCUCGAUCGUAAGUCAAAGACUUUUCUUACAAAGCCUAGCCACAGUAGCAUUUGGAAGAAUGGAUAUGAUAUUUUCGGCGAAUAUCUGGGAAUAUGGAGACGAUAGCCAGGAUGAAGCAAUUCCCAUAACAUUCAUUGAUAAUCCGAGUGAUGUGGAUGAUGCUAUAGCAUUUCAACAAAGUUAUGGCGGCAAAGAAAACAUUAUCGGAGCAACUGAUAAACUCAAUGAUUGGCCAAUAUUUGAUGGGGUUAUUGUGCUUAUCACAGCUAGUCCGGAUAACUUAAUCGAUAUGGUGAGCUAUUUCAAAAGAAAUCAAACUGUCGCCAUUUCGACUCAUGAUGGUGUGGAUAUGUCGGCUAUCACGGACUACCCCCAUACGCUUUCAAGUUCUUAUGCUGACGUGCUGGAUGACAUCCGAAAAGUGGCCCUCAAUUUGCCCCCAAGUCCAACAGUUCCAACUGGUUCAACGCCAACUGGCCCAACUAUUGGCUCUUCAACGAUGAAUCCCUCAAGCAUUCAACAGACUUCUAGUACUUCCAUGGGGCCAAGUCCUACAUCGACAAUUAGUGGCACAAUCACGACUCAAUCAGUCACAGUUCCGCCAACGACAAGUGGUGAAAUAUCAAGUUCUAUUACUGCGACGAACCCGAAUCCCACAUCAACCAUGAAUCCCACUAGUCACUCAGAAACAGCUCCACAAACAAUUGGAUCAAUAUCGACAGGAACUCCAACUUCUCCUAGUACUGGAGGAGUUACAACAUCUGUCACUGCUAGCAAUUCUCAGGGAUCCACCCCAGGAGAGACCGCAACUUCAAGCUUCACAAGUACAGUUUCUUCAACAGUUGAACCUAUCACUGACUCACAUGCUUCUUUCUCAGGUUCAACAGUCACGCUUCAAAGCACCAGUAGUGGUUCAACAAUUGCUUCUGAAAGCACCACUUCUGGCUCUACACUCACGCCUGAAAGCACUGUUUCUGGCUCAACAGCCGCUGAAACAAGCACAAUCGCUUUUUCAUCAUUGCCAACUGGUCCUCCAACGAGCAGUGGAAGCACAACUUCUGGUGCAACUCUGGGAAGCACGGGAACCUAUUCUACUGAAUCUGUGCCGAGAACCGAAUCACCGAGCCCCACAAACACAGAACUGACGUCAACCACUACUCCAAUACCACCACCGUGUCCAGUCUUCUUUUACAUUGACGGAUCUGCAGCGAAAACUGUGAUUGGCCAACAAACUGAUCUUAUCCGAAAAGCGGCUAUCUCAAUGUAUCAAUCUCAUGAGUGGCGUUUCCUUAGCUCUAUUGGUGCAUUUGGAGAGUUGACAAUUGGUGACCCGGACCCUGGUACUCUAUACGACAAUUUUCCGAAUUUUGAGUCAGCUCUCGAUUCAUUGGACUUUACUCUUCCAUCAGGCGAUGAUGUUACAAGUGCCAUUGACUCAAUGAACGAUGAUUCUCAUUUUGGAAAUGUGUUAACAAUUCUCUUCGUAGCUGCAUCCCAACCUACAAUUGAUGGAGCAAAUGCUAAUCUCUACAAAGACUUCACGUAUGGUAUUGCAAUGAUAGGCAAUCAAGAUCUCACCCGGCUAUCCUAUGAUAGUGACGAUUAUACCACGGAUAACGGGGCUACACUACAACAAGCGAUUAACAAUUUUUGCGCCAACUUUCCAACAAUUGCUCCUCCUGAAACAGUGACUACUGAAACUCCGUCAACAAUGCAAACUGCUUUAAACACAUCACCCUCAUUAGGCAGCACUGGAUCAACUCAAAGUCAACCAACGGUUUCAAAAAUUACCGAUUCAAGCUCAAGCACUCAAGCUGCAAGCUCAACGCGAUCAGCAACAGGAUCUCAAAGUUUCACGAGCUCAACUCAAUCAGGAAGUAGUUCAAUGAGUUCAAAUCCAUCCGAGCCAACAUCAUCAACUGAUUCUGCUGGUUCAUCAAGUUUUGGAUCAACGACUGGGAAACCAAGUUCAUCAAGCAGUUCGACCGCUCAGACUGAUUCUGGGAGUUCUUUGAGCUCUCAGGCUUCCACCUCAUCGGCAUCAAGU